GAUGUAUUUGUCUGGUAAUUAUAUACAUGUUUUCAUUUAUUUAAAAACAUAGCAAUACAUGUAUUCAUCUGAUAAAAAAAUGCUAUGCAUUGCAAACAUACAUAAAAUAAAUCUCUCAUGUCAUGUUCUAGUCCGAUAGGCAGUUAGUUAGUUAGUUAGUGGGUGUGUGUGGUUGCCAUGAGACUGAGGCGCAUGGAUGUGUUCAUGUCAAACAAUUUCUGCUGUACGAGACAGUUUCUAGAGAAAACAAGGGGUGGAAAUACGUCGACAAGACCAUGGAAAAUGAUGGAUCUGGAGAAAACACUGAUGAACUGCUCUCUGCAGAUGUGGACGAUGAGGUUGAUGUUUAUGGGCUCAUACCUGUGGCAUUGUCCCAUGACCACUGCGAUGUACUACUGGACGCCAUGGAUGCACAGCUGAGUCAUCUACAGAUCCACAGCCAAAGCCAAAUGCAUGGAGGGAAGUCCAAAAGAUAUGAAUUUCCGUUCUCAGGCUACCUUGAUCGGAGUCAGUCUGUUAGUAAAGACACAGGCUUGGGAAGCAGUGCUCCAACCAAUGAUAAAACAUCAUCCAACCCUGACUGGACUCCAUCAGAACAUCAGACAAUGGAGAUUAUGAAGGUUGGAGCCUCAGUUCCAGAUGUGUGGUGUCCUGAGGGCGAUGACAGCUUGAGCUCAGUGUCCAGGGUAGAGCAGUGUCGUUGGAGGCUGGAGAGGCUUCUUGGGAGAAGUGCUGAGGCUGCAGGGAUAGGAAACGAGGAGGAUGAAUUCACUAUGGACAGCGUCUGCACUGAGGACUUCUCAACACGCUUCAGAGAGGAAAUGCUGGUUCUGCCGGCCUCAGCUCCCAUUACCAGCAGUGACACUGCAGAUCUCACUGAGGAACGAUCGAAAAGUCAACCACAGCAUCCAGCCAGAACACCAAUAAGACACAUGGCAGGAAUGCCAUUGCAGAGUUUUGAUUCAGUCACCAUAGACACUGAUCUGGACACAGUGUGCUCAGAACAGGUUCGACAGCACCUGAAGUCUACACUCAGCAACAGGACAGUCACACACUUUGCAAAAUAUGCUAACUCUGACCAGGAAUAUAAUCCAAAAUAUGCCUUACAUCUGAGUAAAGAAAAUGGAUUCUGUACAGGACAAACCAUCCAAAACAACAUUCAGUCCUUCAGCUCUGAUGAUGAGAGAACUGUAGAGGAGACAAGCAGUGAAGGUGCUGUGUCUAAGCUGUACUACAGAAGCAGGAGACAUUCAUCUGGCAAGAAAGGGAAGAGGAGGAGUUUGUGCCGGAGCAGAAGGAAUGACUCCCACAUUAGCACAGAAAGAGCUCGGGACAAGAGCAGAAUAGAUGGAAAUCAACUUAAAGAGUUGAGGAUGUCACUUACUGAGCUUCUACAACAAAAAACAGCUACACUUCAUACUCUGGAGAAUCUGAGAGAGGAAAUGGAUGAAGCUAAGAGAGAGAAACUCUCACUACAGAUCAGUGUGAGGGACAGCAGAGCACAGGCCCAAAACAUCACGUAUGAGCUACACAGACUGCAGGCCCAGAGGGACUCAUGUUUGGAGGAGGUCAGGGUUCUACAGGAGCAACAAGUCAAUCUAGUUAAGAAACAAAAAAGUCACAUCAGCUCAUGUGUAAGCCGCAGCGUGUCUGUUCUGGAAAGGGAGGAGAUGGACAGACUACUGGAUAAUGCUAAAUCUGACCUGUUCUCAGAACAGAGGCGUUUUAGACACACACUAGACUCUAUGCAGGAGAGGCUGGAUGAGGUGAACCAGGAGCUGGAGCAGAGGGAAGAGGACUACAGGACUCUCCACCAAAAAUGCAGUGACCUGGAGAAGCAGCUGGCUGAUAUGAUCAGAGAAAAAGAACAAAUAAAAGAGUCCACACAGGAAGAUCUAGAGCAGCAAGUGAAGCGUUUUGCAGCGCUGGAGCGAAUUGUUGCCCAGAAGGAGCUGCUUUUGCAGGGAGCCGAAGAAGCGAAGAAAGCCCUUCUUCUGGAGCUCUGUUCAUUGAGAGAGGAGCACAGCUUAAAGCUGAGAGAAAUACAGAACAGGACAAAAAAGGAUAUGGAGCAACAGAUUGAGCAGCUGACAUUACAGUUAACCAAAAGCCACAAAGAGGAGCUUCAAAAGGUGCAUCAGCAAGCGGAUGAGUUGAGAUCAGCUGCUCUCAAUGAACAAGCUCAGACCCACAAACAGAGCUUGGACUCCUUACACAACUGUAUCCAGAUGAAAGAUGAGGAGGUAAAGAGGCUAAAAGAGGCUCUAGAGCAGCAUGAAGAGAAGAUGACUAGGCAAGCAGAGGAACUCAGAAGAAAAACUCAGGAAAAGAUUCAAAAGGCUGUGAAGCGAGAGGAAAGGAAGUGGGAGGAACAGCGAGAGAAGGCUCUGAGAGAGCAGCGUGGGACUCUGGAGCAGCAAAUAGAGGAGGCAGCGGAGAGAUGGAGAGCAGAAGUGGAGAAAGAGAGAAGGAACGCACUGGUCUUACAGAGUAAAGUGAUUGAGCUUCAGAAAGAGGCAGAGAAGGAGGCAGUACGUCUGAAGAAAACUUUGCAGCGCUCUGAAAAGGAGCUUCUGGAGCUGAGGACAGCCAUCACAGAGAAAGACCAAACACACCAGAGAAGAACAGCCAGACAUGAGCAGAAAAGCAGACGCUGGGCACAGGACAUACACGCUGAGUGUGUUUGCCUGCAGGAGUUCCUUGAACACAAUGGCCUGACUAUUGAAAACAAGCUCUCGUCAGGGAGUCCUACAGUAAGUGAAACUCUACAGAACCUGCAAUCCCUCACGAAGGCCCUUCAACAGCUUAUUAAUGAUCUAAAAAUGGAGCUCAACUCACAGAGACGUGCUGCACUGCAACUCACCCGAGAAAAGGUGCAAGAGCUAAAACUGCAGAAAGAGCAGCUGAUGGAGGAAAAAGAACGAGCACUGGCUGCUCUAAAAGAGAAACUCAUACAGGAGCACAUUGAGGAAAUGAGCAGCCUAUCUCGAGCCCAGCUGCGCAUGGACAACGAUGAUACAGACAGACUGUGUGUACAUAUGCGCAGGCAGCUGCAGGCUAAAGAUGAUGAGCUCAGACAGCCGCAGAACAACAUGGGACCGUGGAAAGACAAAACCACUACAAGACUCGCACACAAAUUUGAGCUUAACGCGGAGCAGGACAGGAGAGUUCCAAAGCCCAGAGCAGAUCAGCAGAAGAGAUUGGAGAGACUGGAGAAUGAAAUGAGACAUCUGACUGGGCAAUGCCGAGAUUUCAACGAAUCCCAUUUGGCCUCCUCUGCUCUUCAGGGUGGCACAGACUUCCAAAACUCCAGAGUCACCCAAGACCUGACCUCAUAUAAACUCCUGCAGCACCUCCAGAGUCGCAUCCGCCAGAUUCAAGCAGAGAGGCAGACCCACUGCCCUGUUAAGUGGGACAGGGAGCCCAGGGACUUGGGCGGCUCUUAUUUGGACACGAUUGCUCCAGCCCAGGAAAGCUAUAAGACAGAGGAUCUCUUACCAGCAAAGAGCAUUUCCAGUUAACAUUUCCAAUUAACUUUUCCUAGAAUUUGUCCAUUAAAUAGGUGAUUUUACAGGGAAACCAUGAAAAAGAAAAUAACUUAGUACCACCUCUGUGGAGCUCAUAAGUGAUUAACAUGGUCUGCAUGGACAGAACGGGGCACUUUAUUGUAGGUGAAUGUUUAAUUCAAUCGUGUUAAAGAUCAAAUGAUGAACUUUGAUAUGAAAUUAACAGAAUUCUCAGACUUCGAAUUCUGCUUGAGUUUAUAAUAAAUAAUGAAUAUAUUUUGUAUGUAGCUUAUAGAAUUUACAACUGGCCAUAACAGUUCAAAUAACUUUUACACUUGUGUAUUGUAAACACACUUGUGUUUUUUUUUUUUGUGAUCUGUUUUAAAAGAACUAAUUAUUGUAAUUGAUCAACAUACCUGAAAUCGGUGAUGAUUCAUGAUGUUGUUUGAAUGUUUUUUCUGCAUAAAUAAAAUGUCACAAGCAGAGAAUUAUAAUACCAAACAGAUUUUAUUGAAAAAAAGUUUUCCUUUGUCAUAGUGUAUGGUCAAUAUUUACGAAUUUUACACUUUGACAUCUGCCAAAAUGUAAAAAUCUGAAAAAGGUAAAAUUGAUCAUUUAAACAAUUUAGGCCAAUGUUUAAAUUAAAUGCAAAUUUGAUUUACAACUUAUUUCACUGGUGUUUAAGUAUUACAGCCAGACUAUUAAGUGGUAUUUGUUCUUUACCUAGAUAAACUGAGCCAGGUAAUAUAAUCGACUGAAAUCAAUAGAUUGAUUUAAAAAUGAAUACCCAUUCAUCUCUUCCAAGUAUCAUUUUAUAUCUUUGUCUCCACAUAUCAAGUUCAAAAGCACAUGGUGAUCCUUCCUCACACACAUUCCAUACAUGAAAUUCAUCAAUCAUUACUUUCCAUAAAAGCAUCUUGAAAAAACAAUAUGGACACCAUGAAGAACCAAUUCAAAUGAGUAUUUGACCAGUUGGAUGUAUGCUAAAAAUAAAAUAAUAAAUCUGGCAUAUAGUAUACUAGUAUAAUGCAAUAAUACUAACUGCAUAAAGACAAAACUAAAAUAGUCUUGCAUUGUUAACCAGUAAAGCUAUCGACAGCAAACAAUAACAACUGUACUGCAGAAGGAAAAAAAAAAUGUAUCACUGACCACGUUCACAUAGGAUACUUCUCAUUUCAUCUAGUGCAAAUAUGGUCCAACCUACAAAAAACUCCAUGUUGAAACAAACAAAAAUAGUA